AUGGCCAGUUCGAGUUGCUACCCUGAAGGACGACGAUAUAGCCGCCUCGAGCCACCUUACGUCUACUCGGACCGUCAGCAACGAUACUCCAACACUUCUGAAGUACGGACAUCGAACAUGACUGAACGGGAGACCGACACCGAUACUCCGCCCCGCAAGCGCAUUGCCGUUGCUUGCGGUCGGUGCCGUAAGCGCAAGAUUCGUUGCAGCGGAGACGCUGGCAACGGAUUGCCAUGCCAGAACUGCAAGGCUGCGGGCGCAGACAACUGCAUGUUCCUACGUGUCGCCUCUCAAGAAGCACCUUGGGUCCAACCUACAGACCAGGCAUUCUCAUACGAGCUCAAGGCAGCAAGGGCAUACCAAGCCCACCACGCCCUAGGUUCUCCCCUGACUACCUCUCCCACACACUACGCAUCCGAUAUCCAAGACGGCCUUCAACGUAAUGCACAUGGAGGUUACUCGGCGGCUUCAGCAGGUUAUCCCUCGUAUGGUACGGCAAAGUAUUACCCAACCAUGCCCAGCUGGACCUCGCCAGCCACCUACCCUGGUGACGAUGGCACCGGCGUCGACUACAGCGCCAUGGGGUACCCAUACUCUUACCAUAGCCAGGAUCCGGCAUACCUCUACCGCAUGACAGCUGCGGCCAAGGCUGCCCCUAAUGCGGACUUGUAUGUCAAUACAGACGGAACGGGAUACGGCUACGGUAGCGGCGGUGCAGCUCUAGUUCACCGCCCCGCAUCCGCGACAGUCUCGCCAGCCGAGAUGACCAACUUCUCUCUCUCCAACGUUGCUGCUUCCUUGCCUCACUCGGGCGGCGACCGUCUACUUCCCCAUCCAUCUCGCCUGUCGGGCACAAAUAAUGUCCUCGCUUACCGCACAGAUGCGUCUUCGACAGCCCCUUACACGACGUCGAACUCGGCAACAUCUUCCCUCAGCACGCCCUCGAACACUUCCCCUUCGAGUGUCGAAUCAGAAGUGCCAACGAGCUACGAGAACGCCUCAGUCCCAGCUUAUCCUCCCCCUUCUCACACUCUCCCCUCCAUGACCCAUAUGCAUCACCGUCUCUCUGGCGCAGGCGACAUGAGCGGUUACCCGCCUUCAACAAGCAGCAGCGGCGACUCCAUCUUCAGCGCCUCAGAGGCGAGCCUUCGCACGCAAGGGUCCGCAUCAGACCUGAGCUACAAGUACACUGACGCCUCAUCGACUUCAUCUACUGGAAGCGGUCGUCGUGGGAGCGGCGAGACUUCGAGCUCUGGAGGUUCUUUGUCCAAUGGUCAGACUUAUACCGUCACCACACCCUCGUCAGCCAUGUAUGCGGCCUCAAUGGCAAGCCACGGGCGACAUCGUCAUGUAGGGGCCUACGCGCUCCUCUCGGACGAAGUAGAGCAGCAGCAGCAACACGCACACCACCACUCUUCAGGACGGAGGCCUGCGGGUAGCUUGGCUGCCUCCUAA